GUUUAAUCAAUCAAUAGAUUUUAUUUUUCUUCUCAAUUAUUAGUAGGUUUGAUGUGAACUUUACAAAAAAAACAAAAACAAAUCAAUGCAGAGAAAAGAAACCACGUGGGCUAGUCCCACCUUGUUUCAUUUCCACCACAGGUUCGAUCUUCGUUACCGUCUCCAAUAGGAAAAUAAACGUGACCACAAAAAAAAAACAAAAAAAAAGUCUAUAUAUUGCUUCUCUCAAGUCUCUGAGUGUCAUGAACCAAAGUAAAAAACAAAGACUCGAGUUGAUAUGUCUAGUACUAAAGAUAUGUCAACUGUCCAAAACGCAACUCCUUUUAACGGCGUUGCCCCAUCCACCACCGUGCGAGUUACAAUCGUCCAAUCCUCCACCGUCUAUAACGAUACUCCUGCCACUAUAGACAAAGCGGAGAAGUAUAUUGUGGAGGCGGCAAGCAAGGGAGCAGAGCUAGUGUUGUUCCCGGAGGGGUUUAUCGGUGGCUAUCCUCGAGGUUUUAGGUUCGGUUUAGCGGUUGGCGUUCAUAACGAAGAAGGGCGUGAUGAGUUUCGGAAGUACCAUGCUUCUGCUAUUCAUGUUCCUGGCCCUGAAGUAGCAAGAUUGGCUGACGUGGCUAGGAAAAACCAUGUGUACUUGGUAAUGGGAGCCAUAGAGAAGGAAGGGUAUACCCUCUAUUGCACAGUUCUUUUCUUUAGUCCACAGGGUCAGUUCUUGGGCAAGCACCGUAAACUCAUGCCCACAAGUUUGGAACGUUGCAUUUGGGGCCAAGGGGACGGAUCAACCAUCCCCGUUUACGACACUCCCAUUGGAAAACUCGGUGCUGCUAUUUGCUGGGAGAAUAGGAUGCCCCUCUACAGAACUGCAUUGUACGCCAAAGGCAUUGAGCUUUAUUGUGCACCUACUGCUGAUGGUUCGAAAGAAUGGCAAUCGUCGAUGCUUCACAUUGCGAUCGAAGGUGGAUGUUUCGUCUUGUCGGCUUGCCAAUUCUGCCAGCGUAAACAUUUCCCUGAUCAUCCUGACUACUUGUUUACCGAUUGGUACGACGACAAAGAACAUGAUUCUAUUGUCUCCCAAGGUGGAAGUGUCAUUAUUUCACCUUUGGGACAAGUUCUCGCCGGACCAAACUUUGAAUCAGAGGGUCUCGUCACAGCUGAUAUUGAUCUUGGUGAUAUAGCAAGAGCCAAGUUAUACUUCGAUUCGGUUGGACAUUACUCGAGACCAGAUGUUUUACACUUGACCGUAAAUGAGCACCCGAGGAAAUCGGUUACAUUCGUGACGAAGGUGGAGAAAGCUGAGGAUGACUCAAACAAAUAGUAAGAGACUUGAAGUUCGUAUCUGCUGGAGUUAUGUCAAUCGUAUGGAGUCAAGUCCAAAAUGUUCUGUUGCGUUUUCAUUUUAUGUUCAAGUUUAUUUAUCUUUCUCUUCAAUGGUAAGAUCUAUGGAGUCAAGUAAUAAUGGUAAGACUUAUGUUGUUGAAUAAAACGAAUUGGUUCUCUCCUCUUGUAUUUUAAAACUGUGCCAUUAUGUUUAUCUAAUUUGGGCGUUGGGCGUUGAAUCUCAAUUGUUGUUCAGCCGUAUAACUAUUUAGCCAACUAUUAUGAAUUAGGCUUUUGAGAUCUCUGUUUUUUUUUUUUUUUAAUAUCAGGAAGUUCUGGAUCGAAACUUGUAAUCCUUCCAGGCCCGAAACCACAUCGUAUAAUAUUAGUUUCGUUCCAAGCGUUACUCGAACCGAUGAACUCUAGCUCCGCCUAGGAUCUUUACCAAUUGAGCUAACGACACUUGGUUUUUUCUCUCAGAUCUCUGUUAUGAUCUUUCUAAUUUUCUUUGUACGUCAAAAACAUAUAUUUUCAUGUUUUAAUAAUUUUCCUAUUGCAUAGAAUCACAAGGAAACAUAUAUAGUCAAGACUUGAAAAUCAUCCAUUCGAAUCUAAUGAGAGUUUGAAAAGAGUCUACCAAAUUACUCAAUUGUCAAAAGCCG